UCGGCUGAUCACUUCAUUCCAGCAUCUUGCUCAGCAAGGAAGCAAUCCAGCGCCACGAUGAUUCCUGGAGGCUUGACAGAGGCCAGACCUGCCACCCCAGAAAUCCAGGAGCUUGUCGAUGCGGUUAAACCUCAGCUUGAAGCAAAAACAAAUGAGACUUACGAAGAAUUCAAAGCUGAAUCAUAUAAAACUCAAGUUGUUGCAGGAGUCAAUUACUUUGUUAAGGUGAAUAUAGGUGGUGGACGUUACAUGCACUUGAAAAUAUUCAAAGGUCUUCCUGGACAAAAUGAGGAUUUGGUACUUGCUGGUUACCAGGCUGACAAAACCAAGGAUGAUGAGCUGACUGGCUUUUAG